AUGAGCCAAAUCCUGACCCCUCGCCAGGCUGAAGAGCUGCACAAGGCCAUCAUCGCGUAUCUCUCCUCAAGCAACCUCCCCAAUGCCGCCAAUGCCCUCAGGGAAGAACUGCAGAUCGGCGACUCCUUCGAUGCUGCCACCUCAAAGAAGUACGAGGGCCUGCUGGAAAAGAAAUGGACCAGUGUCGUGCGCCUACAGAAGAAGAUAAUGGAACUCGAGUCUCGAACCGCUUCCUUGCAGUCAGAAAUCGACAACGCGACACCCACCUCGCUCUCCCGACGAAACCAGGAUCCUACCAGCUGGCUGCCUCGUUCUCCCGCCCGACACACCCUCGAAUCCCACCGCGAAUCCGUCACCAGCGUAGCCUUCCACCCCGUGUUUUCCUCCCUUGCCUCGGGCUCCGAGGACUACACGAUCAAAAUCUGGGACUGGGAACUCGGCGAGCUGGAGAGGACCAUCAAGGGUCACACCAAGGCCGUGCUGGACGUUGACUUUGGCGGGCCACGCGGCGCCACCCUGCUCGCGUCCUGCUCGAGCGACUUGACCAUCAAGCUAUGGGACCCCUCGGACGAAUACAAGAACAUCCGCACGCUGCCCGGCCACGAUCACAGCGUCAGCGCCGUCAGGUUCAUCCCCUCGGGGGCCGCCGGCGCCACGGGCAACCUCCUCGUUUCGGCCAGUCGCGACAAGACACUGCGCAUCUGGGACGUGUCGACAGGCUACUGCGUCAAGACGCUACGGGGACACGUCGACUGGGUGCGCGAUGUCUGCCCAUCCCCCGACGGCCGUUUUCUCCUGUCGGCCGGAAACGACCAGACGGCCCGCCUCUGGGACAUCAGCGUCGCCAAUCCCGAAGUGAAGCUUAUGCUGGUUGGCCACGAGCACACUAUCGAAUGCUGCACGCUCGCACCGCCCACCUCUUACACCCAUCUGGCGACACUGGCCGGCCUCAAGAAGCCGCCGCCGGCAACGAACACGGCCGAGUUUAUGGCGACGGGCAGCCGCGACAAGGCCAUCAGGCUAUGGGACGCCCGAGGAAACUGUAUCAAGACGCUCACGGGCCACGACAACUGGGUGCGUGCUCUGGUCUUCCACCCGGGCGGCAAGUAUCUGCUCAGCGUGUCCGAUGAUAAGACAUUACGAUGCUGGGAUCUGGCCCAGGAAGGCAAGUGCGUCAAGGUGGUCGACGACGUACACACCCACUUCGUUUCGUGUUUGCGCUGGGCGCCCGUCAUUGUGCGGGAACCGGCAACGAACGGUGACGGCGCCAACGGCGCCAACGGGACACCGAGCAAGGCGGCGGCGAGGCCUCAGGACGUCCAGAUCCGCUGUGUUAUUGCAACAGGGAGCGUCGACAUGAACGUGCGCAUCUUUGCCAACUGA